GAUGAAUGCCAUGUGUUCUUAAAUUGGAAGCGCGUGUCAGUUUUUCCUAAUUAGUGUAGGUAAACGCUCCGCUAAUACCCAUAAAAGGGCAUGAGACUGCAGUGCCGUGUGCACACACAGAAACCGCAGAAACUCAAAAGAACAUUUAAGAAAGCAGGAAUGAUUGAACAAAAAUCUAAAGAUGGCACUGCACCGGACUCAAACCGUAAAUUGUUUUUAAUAUUUUGUAGUUUCAGCAGUGGACAUAAAAUACCCCAAAAACAAUACAUGGGAUGUAGUUACAUUUUCAGUGAAAGCUGUAAUGGGAGAAAGUGGCAUAAUAAGUAAAAAAAAUUGUUAAUAUAAAUAUUGUCAAACACAGAAGAGAGAGGGGGAAUGGAAAAGAAAAGGAUGGAGCAGCUUGUCAUUGGAAACACAGCAUUGCAGGUGUGGAUACUCGACCUGAGCCUGACGGGACCCAUAGGGAUUGGACAAUGUGGGCCAGGUUCAGACAAAAUGUAAUGAUUGGAUAUUUCUUACUGAAAAUGCACCUCAGGGGUUGUGGUUGACCUUUUUCAUUAGGCUUUAAUAUAAGUUGUUACUCUUUACAGAGAACCAAACAUUUUCUAAUAAAGAUGCGCUUCUUUCACACUGACAAUUCAGUUUUAUUUUUCUCCAACUGCCACUCGCUUAUUGUCGGUUUGUAUAUAAACUCUGCUCCGCGCACACACAUACUGUAGAUGGUUACAUCAUACAUUUGGAUCCCGUUGAAGGCUGCCGCCUUCAAGGCGUCAAAAUAUAAAGCAGAGCGGCACAGCAGCUUAUCUCUGCAGAUAUUCACAAAAUCUGCAGGGAGCGAGGGAGGGAGCAUGCCUCAGUGUGCCACCACGUCGUUACCAUGGCACUCGGGGGUCUGGAAACAUUCUAGAGUUUCCAUGACAUUGCCACAGCAACUUGGAUGACUUGAGCCCAUAGUAAGGAAUGGUCGUCCUCCGUCUGCCCACAGCGUCCACUCCUUCCUCCAUCAGUACACAGGAUCCUUCAAAAAGCCACCGCUGCGACGACCGCAAAGUGUUAUCGGAGGAGGCCUUGGGUCUCUCAUGGUCAUGCCUCGCAAUGGCAGUCGCCUUGACAUCGUCCACGAGAACCUGAAGAUGGGGUCCGAUGGGGAGAGCGACCAGGCAUCAGGGACGUCCUCUGACGAGGUGCAGUCGCCCACGGGUGUUUGUCUGAGAAACCGAGGGAACAGACGCAUCUCUGCAGAGGACCUGAACAAACGUCUGUCUCUCCCGGCCGACAUCCGGAUACCUGAUGGUUACUUAGAAAAACUGCAGCUGAGCAGCCCGCCCUUCGACCAGCCGCUGAGCCGACGCUCCCGCAGAGCAUCACUGUCAGAAAUAGGAUUUGGGAAGCUGGAAACCUACAUCAAACUGGACAAACUGGGGGAGGGCACGUAUGCUACCGUCUUCAAAGGGAGGAGUAAGCUGACGGACAACCUCGUGGCGCUGAAGGAGAUCAGACUGGAGCACGAGGAGGGGGCACCGUGCACAGCGAUCCGAGAAGUGUCGUUACUGAAGGAUCUGAAACACGCCAACAUUGUGACGCUGCACGACAUCAUCCACACAGAGAAGUCGCUGACACUGGUCUUCGAGUACCUGGACAAAGACCUGAAGCAGUACAUGGACGACUGUGGGAACAUCCUGAGCAUGCAGAAUGUCAAGAUUUUUCUGUUCCAGAUCCUGCGAGGCUUGGCGUACUGUCACAAACGGAAAGUUCUUCACAGAGACCUGAAGCCCCAGAAUCUGCUCAUCAACGACAGAGGAGAACUCAAACUGGCCGACUUUGGGCUGGCGAGAGCGAAGUCUGUGCCCACUAAAACAUACUCUAACGAGGUGGUGACACUUUGGUAUCGGCCUCCCGACGUGCUGCUCGGCUCCUCUGAGUACUCCACACAGAUAGACAUGUGGGGUGUGGGUUGCAUAUUCUACGAGAUGGCCGCCGGCAGGCCCCUGUUUCCAGGCUCCACGGUGGAGGACGAGCUGCAUCUCAUCUUCAGGCUGCUAGGCACUCCGACAGAAGACAGCUGGCCUGGAAUAUACUCUAUUGACGAGUUCAAGUCCUACAAGUUCCCCAAAUACAAGCCCCAGCCCCUCAUAAACCACGCACCCAGGUUGGACACUGAUGGCAUUGACCUGCUGAUGUCAUUCCUAAGAUACGAGUCCAAAAAGAGGAUCUCUGCCGAUGAAGCAAUGAGACAGCCGUACUUCAGGAGCCUGGGGCCACGUGUGCUCCCGCUGCCAGAGAGCAUAUCCAUAUUCACACUGAAGGAGGUUCAGCUGCAGAGGGAUCCCGGCUACCGGAACUCAUCGUACCCAGAGUCAGGCAACGGAAAGAGCAGAAGACAGAGUAUGCUGUUUUAGACUCGCUGGACUCUUUUUUGUGACCAUUUGGGAAGGAUCUCCAAGCUGUACAGUCUCGCCAAUGGAUCAGAGAUCUGAGAUGGAUGUUGGCGUGGAGCAGUACAUUCAUCGUCCUCAUCAUCCUCAUCACCCCCUCAAACUUACUUGGGAAUCUCAUCCACAGUGCGACCCCCUCCCCUCUAGAAGAGACGUUUAUAUACUGUACAUCUAUAUUUAUUGAGAAGAGAAUUUGCUGCUAAAUCCAACUACUGUCUAGAAUUCUAAUGGGCUCAGUCACUUUAAUGAGAACAUGCAAUGUAUAUAGAUUUCCUUUUUUUUGUUUUUUUUUUUUUUUUUUUUUUGAAGGGGUGGUAUUUUCAGUGGGGUUUUUUUUUUUCCAUUUCCAUUUUCAUACAUAAUGACUCCUCCACCUCAAAGCUCCUCCUCGGUGUGAGUGGAUGUGUACAGCUCAUGUGUACAGCUCAGCAGACGUCCCUCCGUUCGCAGCACGAACGGAGGGACGUCUCUGUAGCAGCUCAAAGUGGUUUGAUUCUGUUGCUACGGCGCUGCACAAAGAAUUUGCGACCAUUUGCUCUGAAGGUUUCUGAGGCCAGCUCUGAUUUAAUAACUGAUCAUUUUAUCCUAACUGGAGGCUAAUCCGAGAGAAAUGCUGCCAAGCUCUGUGGAAAAAAAUAAGAAAAAGAGAUUUUGUUUUGUCAGAUACUGGCAAAGAGUCAUUCCAGGAUGCUGUGGUCUCUGUUGUGACCAAUGAACAAAUGCAGGAGGGAAACUGGCAGCGUAGAAUUAUUAACAAGGGCAUUAAAGGAUUAGAUCCGCCUCCUAAACAAUCAAACUCGUGAACAACCUCCCUCAUCCUCGUUCUUCCUCGCCUCAAGUCGGACACAUUUUCUCCUCCGCUCAAAGAGGAGAAAGCGCAAAGUGAAUUUCCAGUGUCGGAAUCCGUGAUGCUGCCUUUCCAGACGUGUUCUCCUCCUUUCUGCCAUUCCCAUCUCCAUCAACUGUAAAAAGAAGAAUGGCUCAAAUGGCUAUCUUUUAUUUCUCUGGAUUGCCUCUAUCGUUGUGUUGCAUGUCUGUUCUGUCGUAGGAGGAAGCACACGUUCAGGGAGCAUAGCUGUAGUCCUGCCCCCAGUGAAUAAGAAACUAAAGUCAAAUCUAUUUAACAGUGUUACAGGAGAUGUUUUGUAUGAUAUUCUUUAACUUUAUUUGUCGAUCAUUGUUAUCUGUGUGGGAUUUCACUGCAGAUGAACUCCCAUAUUUGAGCUUUUUUUUUUUUCCAGAGUAAAGAAUAUUAAAUCUAAUGUUUAAACAGAA